CACGUCGCAGGAAAGCGCCGCAGAAGGACGCCGCGGAACGUACGUGGACGUCUCUACACUUUCCGGUUGCCCUUGGGGACCCGUGUAGCCGUGCUGCGUCGGCAGUUGGCCUGUGGCCUGCGCUGGAGCUGUGAGGAGACGUUGGGACACCCUAGAGGCCGGAAAAUGGACCCAGUGACCUUUGAGAAUGUGGCUGUGAACUUCACGCAGGAGGAGUGGGCUUUGUUGGAUCUUUCCCAGAAGAAUCUAUACAGAGAUGUGAUGUGGGAAACCUUCAGGAACCUGACCUUCGUUGGAAUAAAAUGGAAAGACCAGCAUAUUGAAGAUCAAUGCAAAAAUUCAAGUUAUUCUAAAUACUUAAAAGAAUUCAUACUGGAGAACAACCCUACAAAUGAGAGAAACCUAAGAAGUCAUCUGGCAGAGAGAGUCUGUGAAAGUGAAGAAGGUAGUCAGUAUGAAGAAACCUACAGCCAGAUUCCAAAUCUUAAUCCCCCUACGGAAACAAGUGGAGUUGAACCCCAUGACAGCACCACAUGUGAAGAGGGGGUCACAAGUCAUUCAUCUCCUAAUAAGCACCUGAGAGCUCACAUUGGGCAAAAAACACAUGAUUCUCAGGAUGGAAAGAAGUCACGUCAGGGUAAACAGCGCGUAAAGGCCUACAGAUAUCAUCACACUGGAGAGAAACCAUAUGAAUGUAAAGAAUGUGGAAAAUUCUUUAUUUCCCUUGCAAGCUUUCAAAGACACAGGAUAACACACACUGAAGAUGAAGCUCAUAAAUGUAAAUGUAAAAUAUGUGGGAAAGCCUUUUAUUCUACCAAUUUAUGUCAAAUACAUGAAAAAACUCACCCUGAAAAGAAACCUUAUCAAUGUAAGCAAUGUGGUAAAGGUCUGAGUACUGCCAAGUCCUUCCAAAUACAUAAAAGGAUUCAUACUGGAGAGAAACCCUAUGAAUGUAAGGAAUGUGGAAAAGCCUUCAGAUGUCCCAGUGAUUUUCGAAGACAUAAAAGAACUCACACUGGAGAAAAACCGUUUGAGUGUAAACAGUGUGGUAAAGCCUUUGCUCGUUCCAGUUCUCUUCGAGUACAUGAAAGAACUCAUACUAGAAAGAACACAUACUGUGAGUGUAAGGAAUGUGGGAAAACCUUUGUUUCUCUCUCAACCUUUCAGAGGCAUAUGAUAAGGCACACUGGAGAUGGGCCUUAUAAAUGUAAGGACUGUGGAAAGGCAUUCAUUAGUCUUAUUUCAUUUCAAAUACAUGAAAAACUACACACUGGAGAGAAACUCUAUGAGUGUAAACAAUGUGGGAAAACCUUAAGUAAUCCCAGUUCCUUUAGAAUCCAUGAAAGAACUCACACUGGAGAGAGACCCUAUGAAUGUAAGGAGUGUGGGAAAGCCUUCAAUUGUCCAAGUUCUUUUCAAAGACAUGAAAAAACUCAUACAGGAGAGAAACCCUUUGAGUGUAAAAAGUGUGGGAAAGCCUUCAGUCGUUCCUGUUACCUGCAAAUGCAUGAACGCAUUCACACAGGAGAGAAGCCCUAUGAAUGUAAACAAUGUGGCAAAGCAUUCAGUAGUUCCAGUUCCUUUGGCAUACAUAAAAGAACUCACACCGGAGAGAAACCCUAUGAAUGUAAGGAGUGUGGGAAAGCCUUCAGCUGCCAUAGUUCUUUUCAAAGACACCAAAGAAUUCACACUGGAGAAAAACCCUAUGAAUGUACAAAGUGUGGUAAAGCCUUCAGCCGCUCCAGUGUUUUUCAAAUACAUGCGAGAACUCACACCAAAGAGAAGCCCUACGAAUGUCAGGAAUGUGGGAAAGUCUUUGGUUGUUCCAGUUCCUUUCAGAUACACAGAAGAACUCAUACUGGAGAGAAACCCUACGUAUGUCAAGAAUGUGGGAAGGCAUUCAGUUGUUCUAGUACUUUUCAAAAACACAAAAGGACUCACACUGGAGAAAAACCCUAUGAGUGUAAAAAGUGUGGGAAAGCCUUCAGCCGCUCUAGUACCCUUCAGAUACAUGAAAGAACUCAUGAAAGAACUCCUGCUGAAAGAAGACCUGCACAAACACCGUCAAAGCCAUGAAAGAAGACGUGGAGAAUAUAAGCAGUGUGCAGAGCUCAUCUCCUCAUGGGAACAUGCAAUGUGCGCACUAGGGGCUGAGUGUAGCUCAGCUUGUUGGAGUGCUCGCUUACCAAGCCCAGGGCCCCUGGCUCAGUACUCACUGUGGCAAAGGAGAGGAGAAGGAAUGCACCCUGCAUUAAAGACCUGGAAGUGUGAGAAACAGAAGAAUGUUUUCAAUUUUAACAUUACUUUGAAAGUCUUAUAAAAACUCCUGUAUUAGAGAAAUCAUGCAUAUUAAGAUAAUGUGCAAAGCCUUUAUUAUACCUAUAUAAUACUCCAGAAAAUUUACAUCCUAAAGAAAAUAUUAUUAAAGGUGUAAACUGAUAUGCUUAUCUACCUUCCUCUUUCAUUCUUUUCCCUUUUUUUUCUUUUU